ACUCUCUUCUUCUCUCGUGUCUUAAAAUAAACUACAAGCAGUUGAGUAAGACGUGUAACUAUAAAUCAACCAUUUUAAUAUAUCUCGAUGCACUCGCAUAUAAAAACGUCAACACUUAUCCACACUGUGCGUUGCGUAUAAACAAUCAUGUCCAGUAAAAAGCUUAUUCUCCUGGCCUUGAUAUCAAGCCUAGUUCUUGUUCCUCAAGUCUCUGCCAGAAGAAUUGCUUCAGAUCUCGUUUCCGACGGAGCCUCUCGGAUUGAAAAUGUGGGUCAAGUACAAGGAGAAGAAGAAGGUUCGGUUUGUGAGCAGACGUAUGGAUUCAUGCCGUGCACAGACACGGGGCUGGGGAACUUGUUUCUUAUAAUUGUGUAUGGAUAUCUCAUGUAUGUUGGAGCUACUUAUCUUUCCGACGGAAGUGAGCUUUUGUUGGAUAUUCUAGGCCCGGGGAUCAUUGGCGGACUUUUUCUUCCCGUUCUCGGCGCACUUCCCGAUGCUCUGCUCAUUUUAGUCUCUGGAUUAUCUGGAAGUGUCACAACUGCUCAAAGUCAGGUUUCGGUUGGAAUGGGGUUGCUAGCUGGAUCCACUGUUAUGCUUCUCACUGUCAUAUGGGGAACCUGUGUCAUUGUUGGCAAAUGCGACAUAGAAAAUUCUGUUGCUAUAGACGGAAAAGAUACCAAGGGAUUUAGCUUAAGUGGUUCCGGUGUCAGUACUGAUAUUUGGACAAGUUAUGCCGCAAUGAUAAUGAUUGUAUCACUGAUUCCUUUCGUAGUUGUACAAGUUCCACAAGUUUUGCACUCAACUGCAGGAAGGCACUUAGCAGUCUUGAUUGCGCUUGUUAUCUCCGUCUUGCUACUAGUUUCGUAUUGCAUGUAUCAGGUAUUUCAGCCUUGGAUUCAGAGCAGAAAGCUUGCUUAUACAAAUUAUAAGCAUGUAAAAUAUGGAAUUCUAAAGAGUGCAGUCGGGAGACUGUCAACUGAUCAGGGCACGCCAGAUACAGAAUUCAUAAAAAAGCUUUUUGAGCAAAUGGACCUGGACGGUGAUGGAUAUCUUACAGCUUCUGAACUAAGAGCCUUAAUUUUAGGAAUUCAAUUUGAUCAAAUAAAUCUGAAUCAUGAUGAUGCUGUGGCUAAACUAAUGAAAGAUUUUGACAAGUCUGCUGAUAAUCAAGUUGAUUUACCCGAGUUCAUCGAUGGGAUUGCAGAAUGGCUUAAUGAUGUAAAGAAGUCAAAGGCUUCCUCUACUGUGACUAAUUCUGAAACAAUCAAGUAUCUGAACGACUAUCACGAGCAAACAAAGAGGGAAUAUGGUCUUUUAGGGGAACAAAGUGAUGAAGCUGUUGAGGUUAUAGAAAACCCUAAGUGGACAACCACUAAAGCUAUACUACUGUUGAUGCUUGGGACUGUUCUUGCAGCUGUUUUUGCUGAUCCUCUGGUAGAUGCUGUUGACAAUUUCUCCAGUGCCACGAGUAUUCCUUCGUUCUUUAUAUCAUUCAUUGCUCUUCCCCUAGCAACUAAUGCCAGUGAAGCAGUAUCAGCAGUUAUAUUUGCUAGCAGAAAAAAGCUGAGAUCUGCAUCCUUAACUUUUUCUGAGAUAUAUGGAGCGGCAACCAUGAACAACAUUCUGUGCCUGUCGGUCUUCUUGGCACUUGUUUAUGUUAGAGGACUGGAAUGGGACUUCUCUUCUGAAGUUUUGGUUAUUAUCAUUGUUUGCAUUGUGAUGGGUUUGUUGGGUAGCAUCAGCACAACUUUUCCUCUUUGGACAACUUCGAUAGCUUUCAUGCUUUAUCCGCUCUCCUUGGUGUUAGUCUAUGUCCUCGACUACAUUUUUGGAUGGUCGUGAUCAAUGACAGAAUAACGAUACUCUCUCAGAACUACUUUUCAACUCUGUCAAAAAUGAAAUUCGUCGGGGAGAAAAAACACAUUUUUUACCCACAAUCUCAGUUGACUAUGACAUGGCAGUUAGGCUAGAUAUUGUAGAAAGCUCUGGUAUCUGUUUUUUCUGUUAAGUUGUACUAACUAAAGUAGCUCUGUAAAUGAUUUACUUUCUUACCUUUUUCUUUGUUACUACAGAUCUCCAGGAGAUUUUUGAUGAUAUGCAUAAAUGGAUCUUUGCUUUUGACAAA